GGACAGGGAUCUCCACUUUUCAUCGCAAAUUAUCACCUCCCCAAAAACCAAAGUAAUAAACCCAGACAAACAAAGAAAGCUUACCUAUUAAUCCUUUCUCCAAACUCUUCUCUCUCUAGUGGCCUCAGGAUCUCUCACAAAGUAUAAUCUGAAGGGGUUCAGUAAUAAUGGCCUCAACCUCCUCCACACUCACAAUCUCCUCCUCAUCCACCCUUGUUGAUGUCAAGGCUCCUCGCCAAUCAGCUGCUUCAUCACCACAGUGUGUGUCACUCCCCACACUGCCCCCUCCUCCUGUGCAGCAAUCUCAAAACAAACCUUGGAAGACCACAGCUUAUUGCCGUAAGCUAGCUCGCAAUGUCAUGGCCAUGGCCACUGGAGAGGCGCCAGCAGAAGUUGCAGUAGCUGAGCUGCCAGAGAUUGUGAAGACAGUUCAAGAAGCCUGGGACAAAGUCGAAGAUAAGUAUGCAGUGAGUUCACUUGCAGUAGCUGGUGUGGUUGCACUGUGGGGCUCCACUGGGAUGAUCUCGGCAAUUGAUAGGCUUCCUUUAAUUCCUGGUGUUCUUGAGCUUGUGGGCAUUGGCUAUUCUGGGUGGUUUGCAUACAAGAACCUGGUUUUCAAACCAGACAGGGAAGCUUUGUUAGAGAAGAUAAAAGUUACAUACAAGGAUAUAAUUGGGAGCAGCUAGAGGAACUCAAUAGGGAAUGCUGCUGAGAUUAGGUGGACCUCUGGUUUUUGAAGCAAAUAUCUUGCAGCAUUGUCAUGAAAAUGUAACCAGAGUUCGUUUUCUUGGCAUAAGCUUCUAACCCAUUUAAUAUGUACUCCAUCUUGACGAUAUAUGAAACCAUUAUAUUUUAUUUCCCCUUUA